AGUUCUAAGAUGGCGGUCGGUCGGAGAAUCACAAGCUCGAAUACCUUGUUCUACAAAUAAUCCUAAGGUAAGAGUUGUUAUGAAACUGAAUAUCUGUGCCCCUUUGGCGAGAUCAAGCGGAAACCGGAUGUUUCGAUACAAAGUCCUUUCGAUACCAACUCAAGCAGUGAAAGUGCACAAAAAUUUCGUUCACUUCAAUAGUUUGCGCGUGAACAACAAACAUAUUUUGAGCCAACGAAACGAACGGUAACCGAUCGAACCGAGGGUCGUGCAGUGUCCACGUUGGCUGUCUUAAGAGUAUUGCUUGGUGUCAAAUUAACUCAUGAGUUAAGCUUACUGUAUACUGGCCAAAACCGUUCGGGAACGGAAUUAAACGGAAUCAAAGUUUGUGGCCUAGCCACAGGCAGGAUUCCCCAGGGAGAUAUAUAUUCAUAUUGGCUGUCUGGUAUGAUGUUUCAAGAACGAAAAUCUGGUGAAAACUGUGACCUCUAUCUCACUCAAAAACGUUCCUAUCGUCUGAACUGGCAAUUGAAUGGUUGAGAAACGGGUUGACAAGAGGUUCAAACGGAUAUUGUGAAGAGAUGGCAGGACUGACUGUAAAAGUUUUUGCUCAGUAGAGGUCGAAUGACUGAAGGAAGUUUCUGAGGGUGAAUGACUGAAAGGCUGGUCAAACAGAACAGUGUAAUAAUUAAUUCCCAGUGGCUAUGCAUGCGAGACCCAUGCACUGACUUGUAUUUGCCAGGGUGCGCAAAUUAGCCAAAUUUGGCGUAUUUUAUGCCAAAAUUGUUCAGAUGACUCUGCCGAGGUUAUGGAGGGAGUCACUUCGACUCCAGAAAUUUUCAUUAACAAUCAGGGAGCCACUUCGACUACAGAAAUUUUCGGUAAGAAACACAGUUUUGUCCUUACCUUUUUUGCAACAAGUACAAUUUACACUAAUUGUAAACGUUGCAAACCUUAAUUGAAUUAAAGAAUUAUACUGCAUGACAAAGCAGGAAGAGGGUUAAUUACGAUCAAAGUUUGCUCGAAGACCACCAUCAUGGAUUUGAGUUUUCCAGGUCAGCAGACCGCCACAGCUACUUCGUGUAUCCCUCAUGAUAGUGUAAACAUGCCAGGAACACGUACUGGAAAGUCUGAAAAUGGCCUUUUUCGUUGUGAUACUUGACUCCAAAAUUUGUGAAGCAGAAGUCACACUGACUCCACUCAUCAAUAAAAUUUGCAAGCCCUGUAUUUGCUAUUCAUACAGGAUUCUUUCCACAGACGUAAAUUUGUGGCGACAUUUUAUGGGUUGGUUUUGUUCUGUUUUCAGCAGUAAAGUAUUCUAUCUUCUUAAAAGUCUCUUGAAAUUUCUGGUCAACAAAUGGUCAUGAAAGUCUAGGUCUCUUAAAGUUUUAAGGAAAAUAAAUUUAGAGCAGCAUGACAGUACCUGUACUUAAUGGUCAUUCACUCGUCCAAAACGAGUAAAAAAUUCCGAAAACGAGUAGUUUUCUUCCCCACUAGUCCUCUGGAUGAAUUAAGUUAUCACUCUCUGAGAAAUACAUAAUGUACAUGUUCUUUUUUGUUGUUUUUUGUAUCAUACCAAAAAGUGCUAAAGCCUUGAAACAAACAAAGAAUUGCCAAAGGCAAACGUUUCAAAAACAAACAGGCAAAAAGCCCUAGGCAUUCUCUUGCAGAAUGAAAGUCUGGGUUUUAAGUGAAACAAAAUGCACUGUGGGAUAGGAGAUGGCAGCUUUUGGUUUCUAAAGUCCGAAUGUAUUUUCCUUUGGUGAAAUAAAACAUGAGCCAGUAUGUCGAAAUGGAAGCAAGUGCAAGGCUCACUGUACUCUUUCUUUGGAGGAAAAUGUGAGGAAAGCAAUCAUCAUAUCAUAAAGAAAUUAACAAAGGAUCUGAAACACCUGCUUUGACCAAAAAAACAUGCAAGUACCAGGAGGCAUGGAAGGAUAAAUGCAAAUGGCUGCGGCUUGAUGGAAAGGAAAUCAAAAUGUUCUGCGCGUUUUGUAGAGAAUUCCCGAAUAGGAAAAACAUACAAUACUCCCUGAGGAUUCGGUCAUGUUGACACGCAGACCAUGCAGACUGCAGACUGUGCAGACUGAGUGUUAUUUUUUUACUUAUACCUUAAUUUUCUAGUAAAAUUUUUACUAUAGUUUCCUGCUUCCUCUCAUUAUGUGCACUGUGCAUCACCAUCAUAUGUGCACUGAUGUGUACCUGCAAGGGUCAUGGCUAGGAAAUGAGAAAGUCACCGGCUCAUGUUUACCGGCAGAUGUAAUUAAGCAGUUUUGCGUGCUUUUAGCUGCGCUGCUUUCACGCAGUAGCAAGCAUGAUGGAGGAAGGCAAGCUGUUUCUUUCUGUAACUGUAUUAUAUUGCCACGAUUAUUUAUUUUUUUAGUUGAAGAAGCUUUUUCAGGUUAAGUGACUUAAAAUAAAAAAACCCUUUUCGGCUUCCUACAACGGCUAUGAGAGAGACAUCAUUUUCCUCAAUUUCCGUGAUUGUUGAUGUUCGUCUUUGGUUUCACUCUGUAAUUCAAACCGGUGACUUGCUGUCAUUUCUUCAAGUCUUACAGAUACCGAUGUCAUCGUUAAGAAGGCUAAAAUGGGUAUGAAUCGGGCCCACCAUUUAUUUAUGCCUGCUAACAUAAACCCUACUGUUUUAUCACUAUUCUCAGAAAUCAUGAGAAAUUAAUCCCUAAUCAGUAUGUUUAGUGCUUGGUACAAUCAAUUUUCCAAAUUCCUCAGCAACCCCCCUCCCGCCCCUCUCCAAAGUCCAAAAUCUUUCUCAGGUGCAUUGAUUAAAGGUGAGGUGAGUAUGUUGUAGGCCUAAGCAUUUUUCCUGUAUAUGAAGCUUCCUAAAGAAUGUUUUAAACUGUUUUGUCAUCAUUGUGAGUUGGAUGUAAUCAAGUAGGCUGGGAAGAAAGACCAAGGUGUAAGCAACAUGUUUGUGCUUUAUACCAUCCAUCUUGCCACCUAAACACUGUUUUCCUGCCUUUUUACUAAACAUAUCAUUUAAGAUUCGGUUCACCAAUGGAUGACAUCACUUCUCUGAAACCAAAAUUCGUUUCAUUUCAAUGUUUUAGAAAAAGUAUAUCUCAAAGAAAUUGAGGCCAUUUUGUGCUUUCUAGAAUAAUUGUCUUUUAUUUAUUUGCAUUAUCAAAAUUUUUUUUGUCAGUUGUAUUUUUUAACCCUGAAUUUUUUCACAUAUGCAUGUGCUUACCAUAUGCAUAAAAGAAGCUAUGCCCCUGGGCCUGGUUCCAUGAAGGCUGAUUAAUACUAAUCCAGGAUAAAAACUUUUGUUCCAAUUUUUGAUAACUUCCUAUGCAUUGCUUAGAGUAACAUUCUAGGUUAUCAUCACUGAAUCUCUGAGUAAAGAUGCAAUGCUUAAGUGACAUGUUCAGAUAGACAAGAAGCCUUGCUUAAAAUUUGGCAUAAUGCUGUGUUUAACUUAACCAUCUUUCAAGGAACAGGGCCCUGAACCCUAAUCAGUAUUUUUCGGAACAAUCCAGUAUGAAUAGGAAGUACAUGUACAAGUCAGUGUAUGGGUCCCUUACAAAUAGCUACUUGGUAAUUUAUUUGAGAGCUGCUGGAUUAGACGACCGUAUUAAUAAAUAUAAUAAAUGACUUGCUUCCACCAACUGAAAAGAGCUAGAUUUUUAUAAUAACACUGAUAUGACCGCAACAUCUAUAAAAUGCUUCAUCGCUAAUCUAUAAACUGGUUGAAUAAAAAACCUUGAAUAAAUCUAACACCGUAUAAUAUUGAAAAUCUAAGACUUAGAACUAGGUCUGAAAAGUUGAUUGCACAAAACAGACUUAGUCUAAAACAUGGACUACAUGCUACAGACUGAGUGAUAUAGGCAUUUAGCCAAGCCUAAAACAGAACUGCAAUUAACCACAACAUCCGAAAUUGCCCUGACCAGAAUAGAAAAUUUUACAAAGACUUAAGGCUUGUAUUUUUUCAAAUACUAUAUCUUUGAUUUACCUAACCCGUUAGUGUUUAAUUUAUGCCAAAACUAGCCAGGAUUUUGGCCCAUUACACAAAGUCCUCCACACCUCCCCCAGAAAGUGUUUUUUGUCCUCUGUUGUUUUAAGGGUUCUGAGAGUGAUUGACCAAUCAGAAUUUGUCUUCUGAACAUAAAUGAAUUCAAUGGUAUUGUCACCUUUGCAUCCUGCAACCCUGACAAUAAUUCAGAACGUAAGUCCUGCUUGUUUGGUUUGAAAUCAGUGGUAUCAUCUUCCUUAAGUCAAGAGUGCAAAGUUGUAUGCCUACCAAAUAGGUCCUGAAGAAAGCUUUAGAUGAAUCAACAGCAAGCAUUUCCACAUAAGGUUACACUCCAGUGGAUAGUUAUAUCCAACAGCCGACAGAUAUAGAACUAAAACUUAUUUUUUUUUGCAAGUUGUUAACAAACAGAAAAUGAUUAUUAUAUAACAGUAUUCAAAAGCCCAAAAUUUUAAGCGUAGAACGACAAUAAUUUUUGGAGUUUCAGGGGCGUAGCUAGGGUUUUGUCCUGGGAUGCCCAUGGACCCCCCCGCCCCCGUCUGUGAGAUCAUUGUUUUAUGUCUCUAUAAUCCAGAUGGCAAAAACGUGCGAAUCCAAAGAAUCAACACGCACUAAAUCUUUUCCAGUGCUCGACAGUUGUACAAUCCAUUUGUAGGACCGAACAUCUGCAGUGGUCGUUUUAUACACACGUCACGUAAGGCGCGCAGAAAUUCGUGACCAAGGUAGUAAAUUGGCGACCCCUGGAUGGUGUUGCUGCUUGUGCACAUUGAUGAGAUCGUUAACAUCUUUGCCUCUCAACAUCCACGCCGCCUCUUACUAAAAGACAUUUCGACUGAUGAGCAUUGAGACUAAAAAUAGAGUAAUUUAUGUUACGUGGAUUUUAAUUCAUCUAUGCAUCUGUCCCUCCCCCCACGCUCACUGCUUAUCCGAAAAAAAUGUCACUUUUAGUACAACACGGCGUGAAUGUCGACAUGUCAACUGGUAAGUACCUUGAGUGUGACAAACUGUGACCGAUCCCUCUAGCCACGCCCCUGAAUUUCCUUUUUCAUCAAGUAAGUUACGCUAUACUGUCAGCACUAUGUUUUACGGGUAGGGAAUCUUAUUACCGCAAAAUUUUAUUGAAUGUUACUUUUUGUUUCAUUGUAGGAAUAAGGAUAUUUAGCUUAUCAUGGUCACAGUCACUGGGAUCUCAUCUAUUUAUUCAAGUGUACGUUUGCUGCGAUUCUGCCCUUGUCUGAUUCAGAAGAUUUCAUUUUGGACAUUUACAGGGCUUAAUAACAGGUACACUACAUCAUGGCUGUCAUUUGCUAUGACAAAACCGUCAAGGAAAAUGGAUGAAGUAUACUUCUUAAAAUUUGUUGACUAUUCUGCUCUGACGAAUCAAUCAUGGCCAUCUAGAGAAAAUAUUCAAAUAAACAAGAGAAUAGUAUCACUGAAGACAGUUGAAGAGCAACUUGAAUUGUUUGAGAGUGUUAAGAGUUCUUCAAACAUGGUAAACAGAGUUACCGCGCUUGUUAACAUUGUGAAGAUCACGGAGAGAAGUGAAAAACAAAAGGAAGCCUUGAAACAAGAAAGAGAGAAGCCACAGAGGGGGAAAAGUAGCAUGUACAUGAAACUACUGGAAAGUAUUUCAAAGGACAUUAGCAGUUGUGAUGCCCAGGGACUUGCAAAUGUGUUGUGGGCUUUAGGGAAACUAAAAGAGAAAGACCACAGAUUAGUUCCACUUUGUCAGAACGAGAUCAUGUCACGUGACAUCAAAGCCUUUAACAAUGCAAACAUCUGUCAGAUUGUGAAUGGAUGUGUAAAUCUGAACUUAACAUCAUCAGACAUUUUUUCGAGCAUUCUGGAUGCAAUUUUAAACGGGCAAGUUAAGAUUCAACAUUUUGAUAAUCGUGGUUUCUCAGGAAUUCUGAUGUCUUAUGCCAAGGUAGAAAAUUGUCCGGUAAAACUGUUGAAUAUUUUCUUGGAUAAAAUCCUCUCAAAAGACUUUGUAAGCAUUGACAGUGGUAGCUUAGCUGCAUUUGUUUGGUCGUUUGCAAAAAAGAUGUUCUUUCCUAAAGAGCUAUUUCACCAAGUAGAGAAGGAAAUUUUGAGAAGAGGAACAGCUGAUAUGAAACACGAGGAAAUCACUCAGAUCCUUUGGGCGUUCGGAACGGCAGAAAAGGGAAGUAGAGAACUGUUUAAUUUGCUGGACAUGGGACUUACCUCAAGGGGUGUUGGAAAAUUAGACAAUGCUGCUUUGUUAGAAAUCGUUUGGUGUUUUGCAAAAAGGAAUGCUACAAAAGCAAAAGUGUUUGACUUUGUCAAGAAAGAGGUUUUAAAACGUGGCCCUCAGGUGUUUCAGAAUCAUGAGCUUGUUCAUAUUCUACGAGCGUUUCUUUCCGCCCAGAGACACGAUGACAGGCUGGUUGCAGAAAUUGAAAGGGAACUGUGUUUGAAGGAUGUUAAACAGUAUGACACUGGUCAAUUAUGUCAAAUUGCAUGGUCUCUUGGAAGAGCAAGGAACUAUGGGAGUAAGAUGUUUGAUACCAUUGAAGCGGAGUCACUUCACCGGGGAGUUACAGUGUUUUCCUUAAAACAAAAAUGUAUGUUAAUGCGAGGUUUUAUCGAGGCCAAGAGAGGAACUACAAAAUUCUACGAAAGUUUAGUUAACUCCUUUUCCACAGAUGACUUACAUAAGUUAAAUCGCGAGGGUAUUUGCGAGUCUGCUUGGUGUUUCUCUAAUGCAGAUGUCCCAGUAGAAUCACUGUUCCGUGCUCUAGAAGAGGAAAUCCUGGCAAAGAGAAGAUCUUAUUUUACAAAGAAGAAUCUUGAUUCUUUAAAGAAAAGCUUUAGAAAAGUUGGAAAAGGAAGCAAAGCAUUGUUUGCGCUGUAAGAGCUCCCUGUUUUUGGUAAAACAAGUCAGGGCAGAGCAUUUUUCCUUUUUUUUCGGCGGUGACACUUGGAAUUUGAAGUUAGUUUUUUAGUGUGUGCGUGUGUACGUAUCAGAAUAAAUUUAGAAGUGAACUGAAACUAGAAUCGCAUAUUUCUUGGUUGCUAAUAAU